UCUCUUCUCAUCGCGGUUAGCUGUCAUCACGUUGCAAAUCAUUUUUGAGAUCAGUUCAUCUUUGGAAUUGUGACCGGCUUACCCAAGUCUGUGAUAUCCCCAUCUAAAUCUGUCCUAGUACUAGUUGGGUAUAAGUAUUCGAUCAAUACAGAUACAGAUUAAAGAAUCUCGGCUUGGUUUCACUAAUCAACAAAAGUUGAGAAUAACACACAAUGGCAGACUAUAAGAUAUUAGAUCCAGAAGACACCGUAGAAUGUCCAUAUGAUAAAAGUCACAUGGUUCGAGUGAGAAGGAUGCAAUAUCAUUUACUGAAAUGUAGAAAGAAUUUUGCAUCAACAAAAGACUAUAAAACCUGUCCAUACAACGCAACACAUGAUAUUCCACGACCAGAGUUCCGCUUCCACAUGAGUACCUGUCCAGAUAGGAGUGUAGUAGAAAAAACAAUACGCUAUGAGGCAGCUAAAGGAACAGAGGGCAUUGCAAGAUUAAAGGGCAAUACAGAUGUACCAGCAUACAUUUCAUAUGAAGUAGUUGCUACUGAAGACUGGGAUACUGAAAUUCCAGCAGAACCAAGAAUGGGGGUUAACCCUGAAUUCUUCUUGACACAGACAAGACGUAGUUUAUCUGGAAUGACACCUUUAGAAAAACGACAAUUCCACAGUUCCCUAGCACCAGACGUGAAGGAUUUAAAAUCACAGCAACAGAAAGGUCAAUAUCGUCCAGUAGGAAUGCAACCUGUAAAAGAGAAGGAAAAUAAAGUUAGAUUGCCGAAAGAAAAAUCUCAAGCUGAAGUUUUAUACGCAGCUCAACAGACACGAAUACCACAGCAGCCAUCAACUGUAUUUCAAUAUUCUCUUGCUAUGGCUGGUGUUGGUCGAGGUAGAGGAGUUGUGGCUAGUAAUAACCAACAUCAAGGAUUAGGAAGAGGAGCCCCUGUUAACCAGCCAGUUACAUCCAGUCCACAAACAUUCUCUAAUAAUGCUGGACGGGAUGAUCCUCCAGAUAGUAUUAAAUGCUAUCUUUUGAGCUCUAGGCCACGGAGACGAGGCGUCAAUAAUAUGAGUAACCAGUCAGGAAACUUUAGCGAUGUUAUUGAUACAGAAGACUUUGAACGAAAUGAUCAUGUGACAACUAAUUUAAGCAAUGGUGUGCAAUCGGCUACCAUUGCAGUGGCAACUUCCACGAGACCGAGAGGUCGAGGCAGGACUAACACACCUUCACCAACAUUUAAUAUGCCCAGUUCAGGUCUAGGAAGAGGUGAAAGACUACAAAAUGGAAAUCGUGAUCCAAUGUCAAAUGUGAUUCCGCCCAACAGUAAAUCGUGGGCAUCACAGGUUAAUGGUUCGAAUACAUCAACUUUUCCUAUAUAUCAGCCAGAGCCAACAGUUCCUUCUAGUUUCAAUGUCAAUGAUUAUCCAGCUCUUGGUGCCAAACCAAAAGGACACCAUUCAGCUCAUUCAGAUGAUGUAAGUACUGAUGGUUCUAACACCGAUAGUAAUGAGUUAUUAGAAAGUGCUAAGAAAGCUAAAAGAAUUCGUAAAAAACUAACUGGCAUUGCAAAAUUAGAAGAAAAGCAGAAGAAUGGUAUUAAAUUAAAUGCUGAGGAGUUGAAAAAAAUCAAUAGGAGAGAAGAGCUUGAAGAACAGCUAGCUAAUUUAAGUGUUAAUUAACAACUUGGAUAUCAGUCUCAAAUACAUCCAGUAUUGAAAAGAAAAAAAUACACAAUAUAAUUAAUUAUUAUACUACUAGUGUUAAUUUAUGCGGAAACUGUGUCUUACAUUAUGUUCAUAUUUAUAGAUAUACAUACAUAGGGAUUGAUGACACAAUUAUACCAUAAUUCAUGUUACAUUGGGAAAUGCUUAAUUCUUAUAAUUUUUUAUGCUGGUUAUUUGCUACACACAAAAUUUUUAAUAAGAUUCAUAGUAAUGUUUACUUAUUGUUUUUAACAUGAGAUUAAUAAUGGUAACCUUGUUUGCUUGUUGUUUGUUUUAACAUGACCUUUUGUUUUACAGAUACUGUUAAUAUUUUUAUCUAUACAGCUACUAUUCAAAAUUUUAACUUUAUGAUGUAUUAAUAUUUACCUUAUUCAUUGCAUGAUAUUUUAAAAUAGAUCUUAUAAUCUUAUAUUUUAUUAUCUAAAUUGUAGCAUUGUGUAUUUUAUAUAUCACAUAAGCUUAUAUUUUUUUUGAAUUUGCUUCAUUUAAACUAUAAUUUAUUAUUUCUAGACAAACUUAUAUCUUAUAAUUAAAUUCACCCUAAUCAAAUAUAUAAAUGAAAUUGAUUAAUUAUAAUUUAGAAAAUAUAAAAAUAUAUUGAAUAUGAAGUUAUUUAUAUCAUACAUUUGUAUUGUCACAUUUAAAUAUAUCAUUGAUCAUUUUAAAAAAAAGAGACUGUCAUGCUAUGUACAUUUCAAUGUUUUAUUGUAAUACCAUAAUGAGAAAAUAUUUAUUGAAAAGGUUUGUUAUUGUUAAAUGUCUAGUGCUCAGGGGGGGUUGGAUGGCUGAAUGGUUAGCGUGCGCGCGCUGUAUCAUAAAGUCUGUCAUUGAGUCGACUGGCGUGGUUUCAAAUCCCCGGUUGUACGUGACAAGGAGUAGGGUCGCCUGUCCAACCUCGUGGGUUUUCUCCGGGUCCUCCGGUUUCCUCCCACUGCUAAAGACCCCUAUGCGCAAGCGAAUUAUUGAAAUAAAAUUAAACCAUAUGUUAGUCCCGAAAUGACCUAGUUUGUGUUGAGUGGACGUUAAACCCCAUUUCUCUCUCUCUAGUGCUCAGGUUAUUAACCUUUUUUACUUGAUUUGUGGGUCUAAGUUCAUCUUGGUUUUCUACCCACUUCAUUAUUUCAUUAACAAUAUUCUGGCAAUUCCUUAAGUUUUUUUAUGUCAUCCUGUUAAAUAUUUUCAUCUUUACAUAAUUGCAUUUUUAACAUGCUAUUUUUAACUGUUAUUAUAAAAUUUGUUGAUAUUUUUUUUAGCAUGCUUUCAUUAACUGUAUAUAUUAUAUAUGUAUUAUAUGGACUGUUUUAUUAUUAA